CGGGGGAUCUUUUGGGGAGAGGGAAAAGCGGCGGCCUCGCCCGGAAAGCACAUUGUGUGCCGAUUCAUCGACAAUGAAUGGAUAGCCCCCGGCGUCUCAUCUGAGGGUGUCCCUUCGUCUCUCAGUGGCGUGACAGUCAUCAUCAUCCGGAUCCAUGGCGCUGGAGAAGGUGUUUGAAGACCCCCUGUGGUCAGAGAUAUACUAUGGCCGCGCCUAUGACACAGGUGAGGUGAGUGACAGACAGCCGGCCGGCCGAAUUCUCCAUCAUCCAUCCAUCCAUCUGUAUGCCUGUGUGUGUGAGUGUCUGUGUGUGUUAGGCGAGCGUCUGUCUGUCACGUCGGCGCAGACCUUCCGCGAUGCCCUCGCGUCUCAGAACGGCCGGGUGCCGACGGUGCUGUCGCUUUCAAACGUGCAGCUGGGGGUCAAUGCGGUGGCCAGGUACGGGACGGGAGACGAUGAGACGAGCACACGUCGAUGCGAUCGAUGAUCGUCGAUGUGUGGGUGGUAUGAGAUGAGUGUGUGUAGGCUUGCGGGCGCCGUUGAGAAGGAGAGAGACGCCGAGGAGACAGCGGGCGGGGCUAAGCGACAGUUUAGACGGGUGGACCUCAGUGGCAACAUGAUUGGUAUGUCGGGUGGUCGUCGGACGAAAGAGAGGGAGGGACAAAUCGACCUCGUGUGUGUGAGUCAUUUCCCCCAUCCAUCAGGUGAUUUCGGCAUCCAUGCAGUCCGCGCCUUGCUGGCCAAGCUGAGGGGCGUCAAGUCGCUCAACCUCGCCAACAACGGGCUGGGCGAAGACGGAGCGCGGUGGGCACACACCACAGACAACUGGCUGGGUGACAUGUAGAGUACGCCUGCUGUCUGUGGUGUCUGUGGUGUGUGCAGGGAGUUGGGUGAGGAGCUGCAGACCAACAGGGACCUGGAAGCGCUGCAGCUUGGCGAGAGGGAGAAGGGGCUCAAGGCAAACGCCAUCGGCAACAGAGGCCUGGAACACCUCACAGAAGGACUGCGGGAGGUGCCUAGCCUAUAUCUCACCCCCAGGCCCCAGCACCAUGUGUCUGUGUGGGCUGGUGGGUGUGGCCACCGUGCAGACCUACACUUUGCAGAGCCUGUCUCUUUGCCACAACAACAUCACGGAGGCUGGUGGUGAGAUGAUAUCCCGUCUGCUGAGGCAGACGCCGUCCAUCGCCGUCCUAGACCUCACAGGCAACCAACUCAACUCCGACGUACCCACCACAAAGACAACACAACACACCGCACCACAACAAGCAUACAACAGCGCCCUCCCUCCCUCUCUCCCUCCCUCUCUCUCUCGUAGGGUGUGAUAGCCUUCCUGCCCUACGCCUCCCAGCUGCGUGUGUUAGACCUGAGCAGCACGGGCAUCUACGGCCCCGCCAUCGAGAAGGCACUCUGCUACCUCUUGAGAGAGACACGCGCACUCGCCAACCUGUCGCUGGCCAAGAACCAGAUCGAGGCCAAGCCGAUGAGGCGGAUCGCCAAGUGUGUCGCCGAGUGCGCCACACUGGAAGUGCUUAGUAUGGAGGUAAGAGGUGUGCGUGUGGGCGUGGCUGCUGUGUGUUAUUAGGGGGGGAGGGGUAGGGGGGCUCAUCCGCGCCUUUCUGUCUAUUGUGCUGUGUCCAGGGGACGAAGAUCGAGGCUUCGGGUGUGGCGGCGCUGUGUGGACACCUGGCCGUGCCAGAGGGGGUGGCAGGGGUAGCAGGGGUGUCGCCUGAGCCUCAGUCGGCCGCCACGCCCACUCAGCCCCACUGUGCUCUGACCUCUCUGGACCUCAGCGAUCUCGCCAUCACGUCAGUAUGUGUGUCUCCCCCCGUGUGUGUGUGAGUGCAGUUUGAUGUCUAUCUAUCUGUGUGUGGUGUGUGUGUGCCUUUCAGUGACCGGUCGACGCUGUGCACCCUGGCUGCCGCCCUGCCGCACAGCGCACUCACGACGCUCAAGCUCAACAGAAACGCCAUUGCAGACGCCGGAUGCAGAGAGAUCGCCAUGGUACUCUCACACACACACACACACACACACAGAGAGGCAGCGAGAGCGAGAGAGAGAGACAGAGAGUAUGAGCCGUGAAUGAAGAAUGUGUGUGUGUGUCAGGCGUUGGAUUUGUCUCAGCACUUAGGCACUCCUCUGCGUGUGCUCGAGAUGAGCUCCUGCAGACUGACCGAGGUCGGAGUUUUGCACCUGCUGGUCUGUGUACAGGACAACCCCACCUUCAGGGUACAAUACAAUCCAAUCGACGGCCAUCCAUCUCUCUGUGUGAGCGUGUGUGUGCUGGGCCGUGUGUGUGUGUGUGUGUGUCUUGUCUUUAGGUGUUGCGCCUGGCGGACAACUUUCUGAGUGCCAAUUGCGAGGCCGAGCUGCUCGAAGCCGUCAACCAGAACGAGCAUCUGCAGGAGGUACGUCUCUCUCUCUCUGUCUCUCUCUCUCUGUGUGUGUGUGCGUGCGUGUGUGUCUGUCAAUCAGUGAGUCAAUGUGUGUAUGGUAUGCAGCUGCGGUUGACGGGCUGCCGCAUCUCCCACUCGUGCCUCGGCCGAAUCGCUAAAGUAAGCGAUUGACAACCACACACAGACAGACAAACACAGACAGACACACAGACACACAGACAGAGAGAGAGAGAGAGAGGAACAGCACAGAGCGAUGUGGCUUGCUUCUCUGUCCUGUGUGUGGUGUGUGGUGUGUUCAGGUUUGCCAGCGCAACGUCAGGAAAGCCGCCGCAGAGGAGCCCGCCAGACUCAAGGUGCGAGAGCGUCGACACACCCAAACCUCACCCACCUCUGCUGUCUCUCUCUCUCUCUCUGUGUGUGUGUGUGUGUGUGUCUGUGUGUGUGUGCAGGUUGAGAUCAAUCGCCUCUCCCAGCAGCAAGAAAAGCUCCGAGAGCUGGAAGCAGGCACGCCCUCACACUCGCACUCGCUGUCCGAGCUUGUGUGUGUGUGUGCGGCUAAACAGAGAUAGCCUCAGAGGAGCAGCACAUCACCGCAUCAGAGCUGCGCCGCUUCGAGCUCGAGACGCAGCAGAAACGCCUUCAGGGCGGGGAGACCGCCAAGUGCAACCAGGCAGGCAAUAACGGGCCACUCACACACACACACACACAGCCUUCCUCCCAUGUGUCGACCUUCAGCUGGAGAAGACUGUCGACGCAGAGCUCAAGAGCCUCGCCACGCAGCGCUCCGUGCUCAAGCAGCAGAAGGUGAUGAGCUACUCAGUUGCCCAUGUGUGUGUGGAUGGAUGGAUGGAUGGAUGGAGAGGUGCAGGAGAUGUUGGCGACGGCCACAACUGCCUAUGACGAGCAGCUCACGGCCCUCAAGAAGGAAGUGCAGAAAGAGGUAAAUCCGCGAGAGUGACUGACACAUCGCCUACACUCUCUCUCUCCCUCUGUGUGUGUGUGUGUGUGUGUCUAGGAGGAGCGUCUCAGUGGGCUGCAGCAGAAAGCCAAGGCGGCCGAAGCUACCUUUGACAAGAGGAAGCAAGACCACCCAAACGAGGCAAGCAGCCCCACCACCACCACCACCACCCUUUCCCCCUCCCUCUCUCCAUGCCAUGUGUGUGUGUGUUUGCAGAUGGCGUCAUCGCGCGAGAGGCUCAAGGACAUCGAGCAGCAGGACGCCGAUUUCCAGGAGAGAGCAACGGAAUACAGACAGGACCUCAGACAACGACAGGAGGCGGAGGGCGCACGGGCCUGAUGUUGCAGGCAGACACACGGGGGGAGAGGCAAGGCAUAUGUGUGUGUGUGUUGUGUUGUGUUGCGGCCUUAAAUUUCCCGGGGGAUUGGCUCAGCUGGCAGCCGGCCACACUUCAUGUGACCUCUCUCUCUCUCUCUCUCUGUCUCUGUAUGUGUGUCUCACUCGGGAGCGACGGGCGAAUUGGUCUUGUCUGUUUGUGUCAUGGAUCACACACACAUAACAUCGAUCAUGAGUG